AUGCCCCCAAAGAAGAUGCCCCCAGUUCUUCAAAUGGCGACUCCGGGUACCAAACAACGCAGAGCCAGCGACCUCUUUGGUGAUGCCGCUGAAAGCUCAUCCGUCAUGGACAUAGACGACCAACCAACCCCAACACCAAUCAAUCCGGACCCCAACCGGUAUAUACAAUCACAGCAGGAGACCCAACCUCCUAGCCAGACUACUCAACCGCUUCCCGAAACACCUCCUGCUCAAGGGGGGGGACGCGUCGAACCCGGGCACCCCAAUGCCCAAGAACCCGCCCACCACCACGCCAAAGAGCCAGACCAAACUGAGCUUUUGAAAUCACUCAUCAAACAGGUGAAUGAGUACAGAACUGAGGUCCGUAACCUUAGUAAAGGGAAACAACCCGAGACCAAUCCGGGAGGAGCGGAUAAUCAACUCGUUGAGCAACUAUCCAAACUGUUCGCGCAAUCAGGUGGCCAAUCAACAGUUGACAGAGAAGAAAAGAAACUCCAUCAGCUUGCCAAAACCCAUUGGCGAGAUACCAAACGCCUCCAUGGCCGUGAGAACUAUUCUGAAUGGAAGAAAGAUCUCCUCAUUGACGCGGAUUAUAUCAAUGCCCGUGAUGUUUUGCUUCGUCCAAAGGAAAUGCCUAAAGAGACCCCUUCACAGUCAGCAGUGUAUAACACAUCUACCAUACCCAACACCCACAUGACAUCCUAUCCCGUUUGGACACCCUAUAUGGCGUCUCACCUGCGGAAGAACGUUUACUCCUCGUUAAAACGCUCAUGA